GAACUGUCUCAAUCGAUCCUACGUCAGGCCUCCAAUUCCGUUAAUGUCACCGUCCUUCUUGAUUACUGAACAGCCUUGAAAUCAUGUAGGCGUAAAUCUGCAUCGGCCGCCGCAUCCCAUGGUCUGACUCUGGCACGACUUUCCAGCCGCCACCUCUAUUGAGCUGUGGACUUUUUCAAAAGGAAGAAAAAUGAGUAUAGCUGCAGGUCUGAUACCAGUGACACAAAAGGCAUCAAAUGUAUGCGCAUACUGCCGAGUCAGGAAACAGAGGUGUGAUCGCACUCUGCCACGUUGCCAAAGAUGUUUUGUAAAAGAAAGACACUGCGACUACACGCCAUUCAAGGAGCCUAUUCGCCAGCAAGACGACGAUGUCACGCCAUUGGUGCAGCACUUUGACACCUGUCUCCAUGCAGAUCUGACACUCCGCGGCGCCGGUGAGCUGCUUCAUGCAGCUACGACAUGGAUCACGUCUGGCGGUACACCCGGUGCGGCAGCCAAACUCUCCGAAGUCGUAUACGAAAUCCUCGACCUAGCCGACGUAGACUUGACACUAGCACUGGACGAGUUCGGUACCUGCAUACAGCAGUGGUGUCCCGUAUUCCCUACGUCCUAUCUCUACGGGGAGAUAGAAGAUCUGUCGCAGCAAUCCCAGCACAAAGACAGACUACGCCAUCCCUUACUCUUACUAUGUCUCUGGCUCGUCACCCGCCGGACCUGCGUACAACAAGCCCACACCACGCAACCCCAGCUCUACCUAGCCCUCAAGCAAGUCCUCGCCCUCCUUCACUCAAGUGUCCAAAUCAGUGUCCAAAUCCUGCAAAUAUCCCUCCUACUAGCAAUCUACGAAACAGGCCAUGGCCAAUCCCACGCCGCAUACCUCACCCUCUCAACCAGCAUCUCCCUCUUCAACCUCCUCCUCCUCUCCCCCUCCCAUACCCCAGUCCCAGACUGGCUCACCUCCAGUAUCCUCUUCCUCUCCACAACUCUCUCUACAACCCACCUCAUCCCUGGUUUCCCUCUCGCCCUCCUCCCCUCCGAUCCCCUAGUCAUCUCCCUCGCUUCCUCCCUCCCAGACACCAUCCCCGCACCCCCACCCAUCCCGGACGCCACCAGCCCACGCAAAACGCACAUCCGCAGCGCCACAGCCGUAUCAGCGAGUCAUGUUCUAUCCUACACGUACGCACUGACGCAUAAUUUACCCUUACCCCGUAACUACACCACAGCAGAUGAGAAGAUAAAUACUCUCAUCACCCUCCUAAUCGAUAAACCACAACCGCAUACCUGGCUCCACUGCGAUUCUAUCGCGCUAGCAUUCUGCUCGCAUCUUAUUCUCCAGCUUACGCAGAUGCAGUACUCAACACUACAAGGAGAGGAAGGCGAGAAAGUCAAAGUUGCGCUGAGGGCUUCGCGGCGCAUGGCGUGGGAUAUGGUGCAAGUGGGAAUACGCAUUAUCACAUGUGAAGAGGAGAUUUCAAGACUGCCGUUUGCGGGGUUGGGGUGUGUGGUUAGGGCUGGGGUUGCGGUGCUGGAGACACGGGGGUGGGUGGAUGAUGGGGAGGAUGAUGGGGUGGUUGGGGAAGAGGAAGGGAGGGCAUUUCGGAGGUUGGUGGAGUGGGUUUCGGGGCGGUGGGGGGUUGCGGGGGGGUAUUUGCGGAGGGUGGAUGAGGUUCUGGAGAGGAGGGGGGUGUAG